AUGCUGCUGGGCGCCGCGCUAUCCGCGGGCUUCCGUGCCAGCUGGGAGCUCGCGCGGACCAGGUUCUUCUACAAGGGUGGCACUGAGGAGGAGUUUGAAGCAAACACGCCGAAGCUGUCCAUGCCGCUGACUCUCUACGUGCCCAUGCGCGACGGGGACCUGAACGACGCCAUGGUCGGCCUUUUCAGCGACUGGCGAGAUCUCACCGUCCCUUGCAGCUCCUCAGUGAGCUUGCUGGGCUUUUGCCUGGACCUUGCGGAUACCAUCCGGAACCGAAGGUGGGCUAUGUUCGACCCCGCGCAGAACUCGCGAAGCAUCCUGGUGAACAUUUUGCCGCUGGAUGAGCAGGUGCGGGGCGAGCAGCAGUUCCUGCAGACGCGGGCGCAUGAGUAUGGCAACCGGCGCCAGUCCCGGUGUGAUCGCCGCAGGUCCUACAAGUGCCCGCAGGGCCACCGACCCAUGCGGCUUACACUGGAACAGGAGGCGCCGGAUGCCUGGUGGAUCAGCUUGGACCUGAACGCAGACUGCUACCCUACAGCCUGGUGCCGGUCCUUUGCCAAGAACCUCAAGCGCAUCCUGCAGGACCUGCGGUCGCGGCCGCAGCUCCCGGUGCUGCGCGCGGAGUGGCGCCUCGGCCCAGGCGCGCCCAAGCAGUCGGCCGAGGACUAG